AUUACUUCCACUAUCCAUGUAAGUAAUCUAUCAGCUAUACUUGAUAUUAUGAUAGCCUUUUUUGAUCGUUAUCCUCUACAAGGUUCUAAAAAGGUAAACUAUCAAGAUUUUUGCCGUGUAGUUUUUAUGUUGAGGGAUAGAGCUCACUUGACAAAAGAGGGGUGUGAAGCCAUAGCCCAAAUUAAAUCAGGUAUGAACAAACAAAGAGUUUACGAAGUG